UCCCAUCGACUCCAUUUUCGGCUCUCUCUGUGUUUUUUUUUCGUCGACCGCAAAAAAUAUCCCAAAAUGGACCCAACGGUACCCUUCGCAUCGGCCGACGGAAACGGCGGCGGAGGAGUUGCACCUUUCCUUUUGAAAACAUACGAGAUGGUGGAGGAUUCUGCAACGGACGAGAUAGUGUCCUGGAGCUCCAGCAAUAAGAGCUUUAUCGUUUGGAACCCUCCUGAAUUUUCCCGCCUUUUGCUUCCCACUUAUUUCAAGCACAAUAACUUCUCCAGCUUCAUCAGGCAGCUCAAUACAUAUGGAUUCCAUAAGAUCGAUCCAGAACGGUGGGAAUUCGCUAAUGAAGGUUUCGUGAAAGAUCGGAAACAUCUCCUCAAGAAUAUCCACCGGAAAAAACCGAUUCACAGCCACAGUAAUCCUCAGUUUUCUUCGUUAGACCUUGAAAGAGCCAGAUUCGAAGAAGAAAUCGAGAAGCUUUCGCGCGAGAAAACUGCCCUCGAGGACAAUGUUUUGAGGUUUAAACAAGAACGGUUGGCUGCCAAGCAUCAGAUGGAAGAGUUGACACUGCGAGCCACUCAAAUGGAGCAGAGGCAGGAAACUUUGUUUAACUUCAUAGACAAGGCGGUUCAUGAUCCUACUUUUGUCGAGCAUCUCGUUCGUAAGAUCGAAUCGAUGGAUGCUGUGGCAUAUAAUAAGAAAAGGCGAUUGCCUCGAAUCGACCAAACCGAGCCACUUGAAGAAAAUUGUGUUUUGAACAACAAUGCUGAGUUUGGCAAUGUUUUCCACCAGGAUUUCUCAAACAAGCUAAGACUGGAGCUAUCUCCAGUCGUUUCAGAUAUGAAAUUGGUUUCUCAAAGCACGCAAAGUUCAGAUGAAGAUGGAGCAAGUCCGCGGAGAAGGACGGCUGAAGGAGAACCAAAGGACGCUUAUACAAGACCCGAAGGCCUUUUGUUCACACCCGAAACAUUAGACCUUUCGGGUGCCGCCACAUCUUUUAUGUUCAAAAUGGAUUCCGUGCAACAGAGAUGGAACUCCAACGAGGAACCUGAUAGUCACAUUUCAUGUCUACUAAAUCUAUCUCUGGCGUCGUCUUCGUCGCAAGUCAAUAGAAGUCCAAGCUUAACCAUGAUGUCCCUAUUCAGUCAGGAAAUCGCAAAAGCUCCAGGGUCAUGGUCAAAUACCAACAUGAAAUACUCCGAUAGUGGAGCCUCCAAGAACAGUGCAAACACGAUCGAUGGGGAAGCGACAUUAUCCCAACCGAAAGAAGGCUGUAAAUGUACAACUCAAGAGCCUGCAGCUCCACCGGUUAGAGUGAACGAUGUAUUUUGGGAAAAUUUUCUCACGGAAAGACCCGGUUCCUCCGACGAUGAAGCGUCCAAUUCCGACUACCAAGCGAAUCCAUGUGAAGAAGACAAUAUAAGCUCAAGCCACGGACUAGCAGCGAAUGCCAAGAACAUGGAGCAGCUUAGUCUUUGAGCAGCAAAGUUGCAAACUUUCCAUAAAUCAUGUUAUACAUGAUAUAAAUUCAUACA